GGACACUUCGGAAAGACCGGCAGGGCAGCUGGCCUGGAGCUUAGAGGCAUUUGCCAUGGCCCCACACUGGGCUGUCUGGCUGCUGGCAGUGGGGCUGUGUGGCCUGGGCAUUGGGGCUGAGAUGUGGUGGAACCUGGUGCCCCGGAAGACCGUAUCUUCUGGGGAGUUGGCUGCAGUAGUCCGGCGGUUCUCCCAAACGGGCAUCCAGGACUUCCUGACGUUGACCCUGACUGAGCAGACCGGGCUUCUGUACGUGGGGGCCCGGGAGGCCCUGUUUGCCUUCAGCGUGGAGGCUCUGGAGCUGCAAGGAGCGAUCUCAUGGGAAGCACCUGCUGAGAAGAAGGCCGAGUGCAUCCAGAAAGGGAAGAGCAACCAGACGGAAUGUUUCAACUUCAUCCGCUUCCUGCAGCCCUACAACACAUCCCACCUGUACGUCUGUGGGACCUAUGCCUUCCAGCCCAAGUGCACCUACAUCGACAUGCUCACCUUCACUUUGGAGCGUGGAGAAUUUGAGGAUGGGAAGGGGAAGUGUCCCUAUGACCCAGCUAAGGGCCACACUGGCCUCCUUGUGGACGGCGAGCUGUACUCAGCCACGCUCAACAACUUCCUGGGUACAGAGCCAGUUAUCCUGCGCAACAUGGGGCCUCACCACUCCAUGAAGACAGAGUACCUGGCCUUCUGGCUCAACGAACCUCAUUUUGUAGGCUCUGCCUACAUCCCAGAGAGCGUGGGCAGCUUCACAGGGGACGAUGACAAGGUCUACUUCUUCUUCAGUGAGCGGGCAGUGGAGUAUGACUGCUAUGCAGAGCAGGUGGUGGCUCGGGUGGCCCGUGUCUGCAAGGGGGACAUGGGGGGUGCGCGGACCUUGCAGAGGAAGUGGACCACGUUCCUGAAGGCGAGGCUGGUGUGCUCGGCCCCGGACUGGCAGCUCUACUUCAAUCAGCUGCAGGCCCUGCACACCCUGCGAGAUGCCUCUUGGCACAACACCACCUUCUUUGGGGUUUUUCGGGCGCGAUGGGGUGAUGUGGACUUGUCAGCGGUCUGCGAGUACCAGCUGGAAGAGAUCCAGAGGGUAUUUGAGGGUCCCUACAAGGAGUACCGUGAGCAAGCCCAGAAGUGGGGCCGCUAUACCGACCCCGUCCCCAGCCCACGGCCUGGCUCAUGCAUCAACAACUGGCACCGACGCCACGGCUACACCAGUUCUCUGGAGCUGCCGGACAACACCCUCAACUUCAUCAAGAAGCACCCACUGAUGGAGGAGCAGGUAGGGCCCCGGUGGGGCCGGCCCCUGCUCGUGAAGAAGGACACCAACUUCACCCAUCUGGUGGCUGACCGGGUUACAGGGCUUGACGCAGCCACCUAUACGGUGCUGUUCAUUGGCACAGGAGAUGGCUGGCUGCUCAAGGCCGUGAGCCUGGGCCCCUGGGUCCACCUGAUCGAGGAGCUGCAGGUGUUUGACCAGGAGCCUGUGGAAAGCUUGGUCCUGUCCCAGAGCAAGAAACUGCUCUUUGCGGGCUCCCGCUCUCAGCUGGUCCAGCUGCCCCUGGCUGACUGCGCAAAGUACCGCUCCUGUGCCGACUGCGUCCUCGCUCGGGACCCCUACUGUGCCUGGAGCGUCAACACCAGCCGCUGCGUGGCUGUGGGUGGCCCCUCGGGGUCCUUGCUGAUCCAGCACGUGACGGUCCUGGACACCUCAAGCAUUUGCAACCGUGGCAAUAAAAAAGUCAGGCUCACACCCAAAAACAUCACCGUGGUGGCGGGCACAGACCUGGUGCUGCCAUGCCGCCUCUCUUCCAACUUGGCCCACGCCCGCUGGACCUUCGGGGGCCGGGACCUCCCCGCGGAACAGCCAGGCUCCUUCCUCUAUGACGCCCGCCUGCAGGCCCUGGUCGUGAUGGCUGCCCAGCCCCGCCACGCCGGCGCCUACCACUGCUUUUCAGAGGAGCAGGGGGCGCGGCUGGCUGCCGAAGGCUACCUGGUGGCCGUGGUGGCUGGCCCAUCGGUGACCCUGGAGGCUCGGGCGCCCUUGGAAAACCUGGGGCUGGUGUGGCUGGCUGUGGUGGCCCUGGGGGCCGUGUGUCUGGUCCUGCUGCUGCUUGUUCUGUCGCUGCGCCGGCGGCUGCGGGAGGAGCUGGAGAAGGGUGCCAAGGCGGCAGAGAGGACCCUGGUGUACCCCCUGGAGCUGCCCAAGGAGCCCACCAGUCCCCCCUUCAGGCCUGGCCCGGAGACUGACGAGAAGCUCUGGGAUCCCGUCGGCUACUACUACUCGGACGGCUCGCUCAAGAUUGUGCCUGGACACGCGCGGUGCCAGCCCGGGGGCGGGCCCCCCUCUCCACCUCCUGGCAUCCCCGGCCAGCCCCUGCCUUCUCCGACCCGGCUUCACCUGGGGGGUGGGCGGAACUCAAAUGCCAAUGGCUACGUGCGCUUACAGCUGGGAGGGGAGGACCGCGGUGGGCUGGGGCACCCACUGCCUGAGCUGGCCGACGAACUGAGGCGCAAGCUACAGCAGCGUCAGCCACUGCCGGACUCCAAUCCCGAGGAGUCCUCCGUAUGAGGGGCCCCACCGCCUCGCAGGGGCAGCGUGGGACGCGCGGCUCCUCCGUUUUUGCACAGGCACCAGCUACCUCAGGGACAUGGCGCGGGCACCGGCUCGGACUGGGGCAGACCCUGCCCCGCACCUGCCCGGCCAUGAGGACCUGCUCCGCUCAGCACGGGCACUGCCACUUGGUGUGGCUCACCAGGGCACCCGCCUCCCAGAAGGCAUCUUCCUCCUCUCUGUGAGGGGCUGUGAAUCACGGACACAUGGGACCCCAGCCGCCAAAACGUUUCAGGCAGAAGUUGGAGAUGUGGGUGUGUUUGUAUCUAGGUGUAUGUGUAUGUGGGUGUGUGCAUGUGUGUGUGACCUAGUCUUCUUGUUUCUCU